GUAAAUUAUUGUGGGUUUGAAUCACGGAUUAAGAUAUCGCAGUCAUACAAUCAUUGGAGAGGACGUGAAGGACUCUUUGGGAGAAAGGCAUGAUAUACGUGCAGGUCAUCACAGGGUAACAGACCAUCACUUUUUACAACCAAAGAGGCUGAGAAUUCAUCUUCCGGAAAAUUAAACCUAAAUGGAGCUUCUCUGGGUCUUCCUGUUGCUGGAGGUGCUCCUGAUGUCCACUGCUGCCAGGGGUCCACCCCGGGUGUCGGAGCGGGUGGCCCACCGGCAGAGCAUCCGUCUGGGUCGCACCAUGAAGCUGCCCUGCCCCGUGGAGGGCGACCCCCCGCCGCUCAUCAUGUGGACCAAAGAUGGCCGCAACAUCCACAGUGGCUGGACGCGGUUCAGGGUGUUACAGCACGCUCUGCGUAUCAAAGAGGUGGAGACUGAAGACGCAGGGACUUACAUCUGUAAGGCGACCAACGGGUUCGGCAGCGUGAACAUCAACUACACGCUCAUCGUUAUAGAUGACUCCAGUUCAAGAGGUGGAGCAGCGACGGCCAAUGGCGACUCUGAACACGCCCCGGAGCUGGCUGGGAAACUGGUACGUCCACGUUUCACCCAGCCGUCCAAGAUGAGGAAGCGCGUCAUCGCUCGCCCAGUGGGCAGCUCGGUGCGUCUGAAGUGUACAGCGAGCGGUAACCCUCGCCCCGACAUCGUCUGGCUGAAGGACAGUCGGCCGCUGGUGGACGAGGACGGUGGAGCAGAAGGAGCAGAAGGGGAAGGAAAGAAGAAGAAGUGGACUCUGAGUCUGAAGAACCUGAUGCCGAAGCACAGCGGGAAGUACACCUGCCACGUGUCCAACAAAGCAGGAGAGAUCAACGCCACCUACAAAGUGGAAGUCAUACAGCGUACCAACUCUAAACCCAUUCUGACCGGCACCCACCCCGUCAACACCACCGUGGACUACGGAGGAACCACGUCUUUCCAGUGUAAAGUCCGCAGCGACGUGAAGCCGGUUAUUCAGUGGCUUAAAAGAGUCGAACCUGGUGACGAGAACAAGUUUAACUCGACCAUAGAGGUCGGAGACCACCGCUUUGUGGUCCUGCCUACAGGGGAGGUUUGGUCGCGUCCUGACGGAUCCUACCUCAACAAGCUGCUGAUCACCAGAGCCAAGGAGGAGGAUGCCGGCAUGUACAUCUGCCUGGGAGCCAACACUAUGGGCUACAGCUUCAGGAGCGCCUACCUGACCGUGCUACCAGAUCUGAAGCCCCAAAACAACGUUGUCCCCACGGCAACAUCCCCGAGCCUCCCCUGGCCCGUCAUUAUUGGAAUACCAGCAGGUGUCGCCUUCAUCUUAGGCACCGCCCUCCUCUGGUUCUGCCAAUCAAAACGCACCUGCUCUUCUUCUUCGUCCUCCGCUCUCCCCGCUGCCCAGCGUCUACCUGCCGCCAAUCGUGACCGAGUCUGCCCAGCGGUGCCACCUCAACCGGCCAACGGGGAUAAAGAUUGUCUUUCAUACGAGGACUACGUCGCCCAUCAGCAGCUGCUCCUGGCUCAGGGAGGCACUGGAUUGGCUCCCAAGGUCUAUCCAAAGAUCUACACGGAUAUACACACACACACGCAUUCACAUGUGGACGGGAAAGUGCACCAGCACCAGCACAUUCACUACCAGUGUUAGCACGCUUUGGUGUUUCACAUCCAACUCUUCCAUGGACAUGUCCCUGUGCAUGCAGACUCUUUCACAACAGUCCGUACUAGCUGCUGGAGCGAACCUGAGUCGCAAGAGACCCUGCAGAUCCAUUUAUUAAAGAAGCAUGGGGGCAACUCUUCCUCAUUCUGCUGCAGCCGCGUUCCUGUGUAAACACAGACUUAUUCAAGACACAAACAAUGAAGAAUGUAAAGAAAGAAGACAAAGAUCCUUAUUUGUAGGCAAUCCAGUGAAAUGUACGAGAGAACAAUCCCAAAACAUGUUUUAUUCAAAGCUUUUGUUUUUAUGUUCUGUAGAUUUAUAAAUCUCUCUUCUUUUUUUUGUUGCUUUAUUUGAAGCAGCUUCAAGGUAACUCUAUCUGUUCUUUUAGUACAACCACAACCUCCUCAGCAGAAACAGCUUUCCUACAACUAUAGCUACUCAUGUAUAUAGUGGAAUACGAUUAUAUGGCAUUUAGCACGUUACUUCAUCCGGGUAAUAUAUAAAGAACAAUAUAGCAUGUAUGUAAUGUAAUAGCUUAAUUUCAGAGCAUAUCUCAGGCGUCAGCACAACUGAGCCAUAAAGAAACACAAACUCCCACUGUAUCCACUUCCUCUGCAGGGAUCAGGGCUGCUGGGUUUCCCUUCUGCCGGGGCCGACAGUCGUUUUCAUAAAAGUCCAGCUGCUAUAGGGUACUGUGUGAAGAGGAGCUGACGUCAAACUGGGUUUCUGAGUUCCGACAGCAUGAAUCUCUCUUAGCAGCAGCUACAAACAAGGAGCUCCUCCAGAAGCAAUCAUUAGAUCUGUCCCAACUGAUAACUCACCUGAGAGUUUCUGCCCCUUUACUUCCUGUAAAGAAGUGGCAUUUCCUGUUUCGCACUUUUGCGCUUUGUUUUGUUGCUCGCUCCCUUUAAAGGAGAGGGAUAAAAGACAUCAGUUCUCUUCAUGUCAUACGUUCAACUUCUUAAGCCAUCAGCGCAAAGGGAUCGUCAACAAUGCCUCGGUGUAAAACGGUGCCUUCUAAGAAUUGUUUCCAGAUUUUGUGGAUUUCUGUCGGAUCAUUGGAUAUGUCACAGAUUCUUGUUAAUCUGUUGUGAGAUUUAGAGGGCUUAAAAGAGAGGAACUUCAUCUUAAACUCUUUAAGUCCUCGACUCUUCUUCUUAAAGCGCCUCACAAUAUGACCUCAAGUAUAAUGGAUCAAGUUCUGCAUGUGUUCUCCCCACGUGGUUUGUUACGAGUCAUCGGUUGUCUCUUGUUUUUCACUAGAGAGGAAAUGUUUUAGGAUAAAGUGCUGCUUCUCACCUGCAGAGCCCUCUCGCACCUGUCCGUUCUACGUUGCAAAUGUUAGACGCUAAAAAGGUAAUAUGAUGCAAUGCAGCUUUAAACUGAAAAAUACAAACAUUUUGAGCCAUAUACUCUGCAUAAAGUUCUGUUGAUGACUUUAGCAGAACCCGCUGACCAGUACAUACACCGUUAACUAUUGCUCUUUAAAUAAUGAGAAUUAAAAAUGUGUUUUAAAUGUAUUUACAGGUGGGUUCACACACACACACACACACACACACACACA